GGGACACAGGGGUGCCCGUGUCCCCUCACCCCACACGUGUGUCCCCCCCCUGUCCCCAGUCAACAAGCGCCUGGACGAGUGGGUGACCCACGACCGGCUCGACCUCAAGAGGGUCCAGGUGCCCCGCAAGGAGGCCAAGACCCCCACCAAGAACGGGCUGCCCGGCUCCAGACCCGGCUCCCCCGAGAGAGACCCGAGGAAGAGCCUGGAGCUGGCGCUUGGGAAGAGCCUGCCGGGGCCACCACCGGGGCCACCACCGGGGCCACCACCGGGGCCACCCACGGGGCCACCCACGGGGCCACCGGGGCCACCGGCGGGGCCACCAGCGGGGCCGGUGCCCCUCACCCUCCGCUUUCACCUGCCCAAGGAGAGCGAGGCCGAGCCCCCCCCGCGCCCCACGAAGAGAAAGGUCGAGGUGGUGUCACCGGCCACGCCCGUCCCCGCCCCCACCGAGACCUCCCAGGCCUCCGUGUUCCCCCAGGUGAGCCCAGUACGGACCAGUACGGACCAGUAUGGCCCA